AUGGAAUUUCUUUUCUUUUCCAGUUUCAGAAUGAACGCUACGACUUACACGAGCAGCACGUUGGCUGCUGGGAUUAUGAGUCUCGAGUCGGAGAUAAGGAUGGACAAGGCGGAGAGCGUGGACAGUGACCUCGAUAUUUCCCCGGUCACACUGUCCUCCGCGUGGUCCAGGGUGGCGAGGCUCCUCCUGUUGGCGUCGAUGGCCGUCGGCGGCAGCGUUGGCAACGUCUUCAUGAUCUCCGCCGUGGUGGUCGAGGAUCAACUUAAGAAACGAGAUCCUUUCGCUUGCGAUCCGUGUGUAAAAUGACAAAAGCCUGCCACGAUUGGAUAUGACGACGCCAAGGAUAAUGGAAGGAAGGAAGGAAGGAAGGAAGGAAGGAAGGAAGGAAACGCUCUUUGAGUCCUUCUAUUUUUGUCUACCCGAGGUAGCCGGUAUAUCUCUCCUCGUAUUUAUUCAACCGAGGAGGAGGGAGGGGGGGGGCGGACGGCGGCCAUUACGAUAACAGAUA